CACCCACCCAGCAAUCGAGCAAAGCAAGAGAUGGGUCAUACCAGCACCACCACCCACAUUGCCAUGUUCCCAUUCUUCGCAUUCGGCCACAUCAGCCCCUUCAUCCAGCUCUCAAACAAGCUCUCAAAGGACCCCACCAUCAAGAUUUCCUUCCUCUCAGCCCCAGGCAACAUCCCUCGUAUCUCCUCUACCCUCUCAUCCACCGUCCAAAUCAUCCCCCUCGAAAUCCCAUCCGUCGAUGGCCUCCCGCCGGGCCUAGAGAGCACGGCAGAAAUGACCCCACCCCAGACCGAGCUCCUCAAGAAGGCCGUUGACAAGAUGAAACCCCAGAUAGAGACCCUCCUGGCCCACCUCCGUCCCCACAUCAUCUUCCACGAUUUCACCCAUCAAUGGCUGCCUUCCAUUGCCACUCCACUCAACAUCAAGACCUUCUUCUUCUCCGUCUUCAGCGCCAUCUCAGGCGCUUACAUCAUGGUCCCCGGCAGGAAUUCCCAAAAUGCCCCCACCGUUGAGGACCUCAAGAAGCCGCCUCCGGGAUUCCCGCCCGCCACCAUCGCGACACUGAAAUCCUACGAAGCUAGGGAUUUCCUAUACGUUUUCAUGAAUUUCGGUGGUCCGUGCGUCUACGAUCGCGGCGUGGCCUGCAUGGACAACAGCUCCGCCAUCGUUUUCAAGACCUGUUUGGAAAUGGAAGCUCCCUACGUGAAAUUCGUCGAGGCCCAGUACAAAAAACCCGUCCUUCUAGCCGGGCCGGUGGUCCCGCAGCCGCCAAUCGGAGCCCUCGAUCAUCAGUGGGCCGACUGGCUCGGGAAGUUCCAGGAGAAAUCCGUCAUCUUCUGCUCCUUCGGGAGUGAAACCUUCCUGAAAGACGAUCAGAUCCGAGAGCUGAUUCUUGGGUUGGAGAUGGCGGGACUACCAUUUUUCGUGGUACUGAAUUUCCCAGACGGGGAAGAUAAGGUAGCCCGCUUGAAGUCAGCAUUACCGGAAGGGUUCGAAGAAAGGGUGAAGGAUAAGGCGGUGGUGCAUACAGGAUGGGUGCAGCAACAGCACAUACUGGCGCACGUUAGCGUAGGGUGCUUGGUGUGCCACGCGGGUCUGAGUUCUAUCACCGAGGCGCUCGUUAACGACUGCCAGCUCGUGCUUCUACCGCAGAAGGGCGACCAGUUCUUGAACUCUAGGCUGGUGAGUGGGGAUCUGAAGGCGGGUGUAGAGGUAAAAAGGGACGAAGAGAAUGGGUAUUUUGGGAAAGAGGAUUUGUGUACGGCUGUGAAGGCAGUUAUGGAGAGUGUUGAGAAGGAGCCUGGGAAGACAGUAAGAGAGAAUCACAGAAAGUGGAGGGAUUUUCUGCGUGAUACCGACGUGCACGAGAAGUUUUUGAAGGAUUUUGUGGUGGAGAUGAAAACAAUGGUGCACGGCACCGGCACCUGCAAUGGAAAAGACUAAACCGUGUCCUUUGAUUGGGGAUGGUCUCGUUUUUCAGGGGGUUUUGUAUUUUGCAUUUUUGCUUGGUGUGAUGAUGUUUUGUAAUCGCCCGCCCGAACGUGUUCGCCCGUGGGGCCCAGAUUUAAACUAGAACUAUCUACGUUCUGGAUGUAGCUGUUAGAAAGAGUACCCUCA